UGGCAGUACAUUACGAAAAUAUUAGCAAGCCUGCCUACUCUUGGAGUGACCCACUGGUAGCAGCUGCACCUCCAUCUCAGCGACUCCCUCUUCCUCACAUCUGGCAACCUGCAUGCUGCCGUAGUGAAAUACCCGCCGAUUGCGACUCUGAGUGAUCACACUGAGACAAGACAGUAUUGGAUUGCGCCACCAUGAAACACCAUAAGUAAAGCAGCAUUCUUCUUGUAGAUUACCUUAUGGCCCCUCCUGUCGAGCUGAUCGCACUUAUCCUCACUGACACCUGGGCCAACUUACCUGCUUCCACUGAAGAGCACAUCAAAACUUUCAUAAACUGCUCCCUCGUGUCCAAGCAAUGGGCUACCAUCAUGAAAGAGGUCAACUCAAUGCACUCGCUCAUCCCCUUCUCGUACAACGGAGGACAGUUAUACACCAUCAAGUCGCUGUCCUCAACUUCGAAUCCGAUGCUCUGCCGCACUCUAACAUUUCGGGUUAACUAUGUGACCACACCGCAGCGUCUUGUGUUGACCGGAUGCGAACCUUCUAUUGUGGUAAACCAGGGGAUAGAAUCCUUUCUUCGAAAGCUAUUCUGUGGCCCCUAACACACCUCGCCACGGAAUUCAUAUCUCUGUCGACUAUUUUGACGAUUCCCGGGUGCAUGUCCCCAGCUUCUGGAUUCCCCCUCAGACCACACGACU